UCGGAUUGAGAUGUCAGCAGGGCCUCCCGGACAUGCACGCGCGCUGCAUCCUCGAAGGUGGCACCAAGGCCACCCACCAAAGGUCACCGGUCACUCUUGCCUGGGGCCUCUCUUGCGCGCAGCCGGUCGUCGACGGCCCGAAGCACGAGGCGGCGCUGGCGCUGGCGGGCAGGUUGCUGCGUGCCGGCGGGGGCCUAGUCAGGCUGGUGGCCAUCCACGACUCCCGCAGCUUCAAGCGCGGGCCCCGCGCGCACGCGUGGCGCCGCCACGGGCUCCGGCCGCUGCUGUUCACGGACGCCGCCUGGCUCACGCAGGAGCGCCGAGACCAUCGGGGCAGGCACUGCGAGAUCUGCCACGUGGAGCCAGUGUCGGCCGCGCGGCCGGGCGCGGCCGUCGAUACACUGGCGCUUCUGGGGCCGGGAGGCGCUGGAGAAAGCGGCUACGCGAGCUGAUGCCCUCUUUCGCUUGGCAUCGCUCGGCUGUGUGCCCUUUUUUCUCGGCGGGGAUGAUUAAGGAGCAUCCUGGAUCCUCCUGCGAAGCAGCCACGCACGAAACCGAAAAAAAUGCGCGGGGGAUGGACGCCCGAGCGACGGCCAGCUCGUGCUACCCGCGCUGCGCGCACCGCUGCUGGGGCCUGGGGCUGGAGAGAGGCACCCUUCCCCGGGGCGGCGGCGGGAGGGCGCGAG